CAACAUCAACCACAUCUUCAGAUAAUAACAUAUAGUAUUGGAUUCGAUGUAGGCCAGGACGUAGCUUUUUGAAGCUAUAUACAUCGAUUCAACCCAAUAUCAAACAUGGCUACUAGCCGUGAGGAGCGCAUGCAACAGCGCAUGCGUGGGGCUGGACGUCACGAAGUUGCUGACGAUUCAUUCGGCUUCGUCCUCCCCGGCCUUGAGGAGCCUCCUGCUACUGCUCCCUCCUCGCCUCCACCACCACCACAAUCUGCACCACAGUCAGCUCCACGAUCUGAGCCCAACACCUCCGCGAAGCGACGACGAUUAAACCCUGAGGCUGGUUCGCCGAGCUCACAGCCAUCAUCUAGCGCAACUAGAUCGUCAAGAAGAAUAUCCGCUCGGCAUAGCGAAGCUAGACCCGACCCCUAUAACGCUAUCCGAGAACCUAGCUCAGAAGGUGUGUCGGAGCCUCCCGCGAAACCCCCCAUAGAGCCUCCUACAGAUCCGGAUCCAUCACCACCAGAAGCGACAAACGAAGAGGAAGCAUUAGAAGAAACCUUGCCAGCAAUAGUACAACAUGCAAGGUCUCAUGUGUCUCCAGUUUCCCCGGUAUUUACGGGCGUUAUAGACGAGGAAGUCACCGAAAGUCCAGCAGAGGCACCCGGAAGUGGUCAAAGGCGUUCUAUUAGAGUCCCCGAAAGCGUUUCUCGAAGCGCAAGAUUAUUAAGAACUAUAACGGAUGACGAUACCGGUGUUGCGGAUGAGUUUACUGUGUCAUCACCCCUGGCGCGCAAGAGUAGGAUUAGCGGUGUUACCCUAGGCGCAGCUUCGGCACGGUCGACGCGGACAGGCGCGAGGAAGUCGGUGGCAUUUGCGAACAAUGAUGGUGAAGAGAUAACACCGGUUGCUCCUACCCGGCCGCUGCGGAGGAGUGAUGCUACGGCGACCACUGGCUCUACACGCUCUACACGCUCUACACGCUCUACACGCUCUACACGCUCUACACGAAGCCACACUAAAAUAGUCAACACCCCUAGUACGGUAGAUGCACUCUCAUCUCCUCCCGAGGCAGCGGGUACUGCUAGUCCCAGAAAACCUAAGCUAAGGAAGCCUAAAUCGCCCCCUAAGCUACCCGAGCCAGUGCAAGAGGUUGAAGAAGAGGCCCAGGAAGAAGAGGCAGAAGAAGCAGAGCCCGAUAAUGAUGAGCCUGCCGAGGAAAUCGACGCCCAAACAGCAGCCCGAAAGAUUGGCCGGAAGCGUCCGCGGGCCAGCCUACCUCGAGAAGGAUCUCCGGAGUUGCACACUAGAGCUGCUGAAGAGGCUCGUCCGAGAAAGAAAAGUAGACAACAAAGGGUGCAGGAUAGCCCGGCAGUACAAUCACAACCCAAGCCCCCCAAGACCAAGAAGAACAAGGCGGCUACGAGAAGGCGAAGUGAUGGCGAAGCGAUUCCGAUUAUUGUACAAAGAUACACGAAGCGAACACACCAAAAUGAAAAUGACACCGACGCAGAUAUCCUUAACGCCGAGAUCCCAUUUGCAAAUCGCGGUGGUGUCAAUGUGAUCGAUGUACUUUCGCAAAUAUGCGACGAAGUCAUUGAAUCGAGUUUAGAGACGUUACUUGAAGCGGCUGUCAACGCGAAGGAUGCGCCAACGAAAAGGGAAUUCAAGACGAAGUUACGCGCUUUGGAGGCAUUUCAAGAGGAACUACGGACAAGGCUUCUAGAGCACACUAUUGCUCUCGACACCAUGCACGCGCUUAAGAAGCGAGUGCGGUCAGUCCAGAAAGAGAAACUUACACUUCGAACGGAAAUAAUGCGGAUUCGCGCGGAGCGAGAACAGGUAGCCCUAAAGAUGGACGCGGUGAGGAUCCGUCACGAAACAGCAAACAGGGAGUCACUACACCAAUUAGGACUUUCCUCUGCAAUGGACGAUAUUGAGCUAGCAAUCGAGAAUGGAAGAUCGGCUCCGGAUCUCAACCCAAAAGAACAGAAAACAGCCGAGUUAGCGAACCUAGAGUUGUUAAUUUCGAGGGUUGUUGGUCAGGCGAGUGUUGCUAGCGAUGGCGGGGGAAACCUCAAGCAGAUCAAAGACUUCAAUGCUUUCCUCGAACGUACCGCGGCUGUUCUUGAACGAAGAUGAUGGAUAAAUGAAGCAGAAGAAACCUGUGGGCCCUAAUAAGAUGUCUUAUAUUGCAGCAGAAAGCUGUUCUCCUAGGUAUAUUGGAUAACGAGACUCAGGGCCAACUCUUGGGGUUGGAGCUCCUCAUUAAGACAUAAGUGGCACAAUAUUAACACUUGAACUAGAAGCAU